AUGCAUCUACCUAAAAAUGAUUUCUCAACAACACCGUUACAGUUCACCCUUUUAAUAACCUUCAUAGAUUUUCCAGUAUUCACGGCUUACUUUCUAAUGCUAACAAUCAUAAUACUCGAUCAAAUACUACUACUAAACCUCUCACGACGACGAGCGCGAAGAGAAAAUGCACCAGACUCUGAAACGCCACUAUUGUCCGUUUCGUCGACUACGUCAUUAAUAUCGUUUAACUUGAUUCCGAGCGGGCACAGUUCCUACUUUAUCGCUUUAGCCGGGUUUCUGUCACUUUGCGCACCGUUGUUGAGUCUUUUUGAGAUUUACGAUUUGCCUUGGGCUAUUGGUCGUAUGUUGGGAUGGUUCGGCUUAUUUUUAAUUGUUUUGGGGUAUUUGUUUCGUGUGUAUUCUAUUAAUGAUAAGUGGUCGACGAGGACUGUUGUGGUGGAAAAUGGUUUAGUUGUUAUUGGUAACGGACCAUAUCGUUAUAUACGCCAUCCUGGAUACACUGGCCAGAUAAUUGCAUGGAUAGGAUUCGCACUCAGUUCGGGGGAUCUAUCAGUCAUCAUUAUAAUCUUGAGCAUGACUUUGCUUGCGUACUGGCAUCGAAUACGUGUUGAAGAAGAGACAAUGGUUGAGAAGUUCGGCGACGAGUAUCGUGAAUAUCAACGGUCUACUAAGAAAUUGAUUCCAUUUAUUUAUUGA